AUGCUCGACGUGCUGCCUGCGGAGAUUCUUUGCCAUGUGGCUUUCAACAUGGGGCUGUCAGCGCAAGACGUGGCGGCACUGGCGUGUGUGUCCACAUGGACUGCGAGGGUGCUGACCGGGAGCGCGUACGUGGAGGCACGUCGGGCAUCGCACGCGGGACUCGCGGCGUGUGCUGCGCAGGGAGCGUACCGUGCGGCGCGGAUGGCGGUGGCGUAUGCGCGGUAUACUCGUGGGACGUGGACGACCGACGAGUUGUCAUCGGCGCUGUGGACGGUGGCGGCCGAUAGCCGCGGCGGAGCCGAGGCGGCGGCACUGGCGGCGGCGCUGAUCGCGGCGGCGACCGACAACGAUGACGACUGCAUGGUCUUUGCCGGCACAAUGGCGAUCCAAAGCGCAGCUAUGGCCGGAAACAUCGACGUCCUGCGCGUCUUGCUCGAGUCGGACAAGUUUGAUCCGAGUGCUGAUGGCGAGUAUGCGCUGUCCGAGGCCCGGAUCCGCGGGCAUGGGGCAUGCGCGGCGCUGCUAGAAGCGGUUGGUAGCCGGGGCAAAGAGAUGGCCGAGGACGAGUCGUUUUGCGAGGAAGACGAGGUCAUGGCCCGCGUGCUGGGCCAGGGGUGGGACGAGGUGCUGGUGGCGGUGACGCGGGCGGUGGUGGUGGACGACGGAGUGCGACACAAUGCGCUGCAAAAGUCGCCGAAUCCGUUUGUGGCCAUCCUCAUUCCAGCAACUCGCGGCAGCGGCGGGAAUGGUGGCGGCGAGGGCGGUGACGGCGAUGGGCACGACGAUGGCCAUGGUGAUGACGGUGGCGCUGGCAGAGGUGUGCGGAUUCCGCUCGGCCGCCGCGAGCGCAAGAUGGCGCGCCGGGUUAUGGAGAGCCUCGAUGGCGAUUGGGAGGUGAUCAUGGUCUCGUCGCGUCGGUUUGCCACGUACGAGCCGAGCUUUAAGGACGCAGCUGUGCGGAUGGUGGUGCCGGCAGCUGCGACGUCAUCGAUCCUGGUUGUGCUCGCGGACCACCACAAGAUCAAAAAGUGCAAGAUCUUUGGCUCGGGCCGGCUCGCUCUCCCGCCUACGGCGUCGAGCGAGCUGGCAGCGCCGGUCCGGCGCGGGACGUGGGUCCACAUGACGCCUCUGGCGACACCCGAUGCACCGCAGGCGGCAGCAGCGGCAGUAGCCGCGGCGCCACCGACGGAAGUUGAGCUCCCACCGGGCGCGACCGGCUCGGUCCGGGUCCACGUCACCCGGCGAGGUGUGGAGGCCGAGUCGACGGCGGCGGCGGCGGCACUGGGCGCGGCGCUGGCGGCAGCAGGCGAUGGCGACGAUCCGGUCGUUGUUCCACUGGACGAGUAUGUGGGAGGUGGGGAUGACGGUGAGCUUGACGACUGUGAGUGGGACGAGGAGUGGGACGUGUAUUCGAGCGACGACGGUGUGAGCGAGUGCGGCGGCGGCGGCGACGACGGCGAUGACGGGAGUGGCGACGAGAAUGGCGGCGUCGUGAACGACGAUGAUGACGCCGAGCCGGACGAGCCGCUGACGCUGCUGAGCAUUCUGUGGCCGUUUGGUGGGCUCUACGACUAUCCCGAGGACACGCUUCGCGGCAUCCGCGCGGCGCGGGUCCGGAGGGUCAUGCUCCGGGCGGGAGUUCUUGUGUGGUGCAUCUCGAUUGCGCUCCGGUUUGUGCACUGGCAGUUGUGGCUUGUCCUCACGGCAGCUUGUUCAAUGGGCGCAUGCGGAGUGGUCAAGCACCGCGGCAACGUCAUCAAGUCGCUGGUCAAGCGAUCGGUUCAUCGCGGCAAAGGCGACAUCCGGCAGUGGAUUUCGACCAAGCUGGAGACGCGGCGGGCGGCGCGGGCGUUGCGCAAAGCGCGCAAGCGCGCUCGCAAGCGGGCACGAUUCUGGGACCAGGCGCCGGCGAUUGUGGUCAAGGCCAAGGCCGAGUGAGCUGGCUGCGUUGAGUCCUGCUACGGCAUGAUGUGGACGCCGUUGACACCGACGACGAAGAGAGCGAGGAGGGCGGCGAGAAGGAGCAGGUCGCGAGCGAGCGAGGCGGCGGCGGCGCGAAGAGGGUUGCCACACACGCCUAGGCUCAGCGCCUUGAGGACGAGAGUCGGCAUCAUAAAGUACCGCGGCUCG